UCGAGGGGAACCAGAGGACGAGCCAGCUGUGAGAGAGGAAGAAGGACCAGCUACACCAGAUAAACUUCAUUAUCAUCAACGAUGCAGUAUAGGAAGACAUGGAUCAUAGCAGUAUGGAUCGUUUGGUCAUGGGGAAUCUGGGAAACAAAUGCCUCAACUGAAGACCUUGGAUACGCCGUAGAUCGAUAUGAUGAAUCACCAGGGAUAUAUUACGAACAUCUAGGAGAAGUUAACUUGUUUAAUACAGAAUGGAAAACAGUGGUAUACUUAGACAUAAAGGAUACAGACCAAAAAUCAGAUAAAAUAGGAGAAUACAUAGAACACAUAAGCAAAUUAUGCUUGACCACUUCAAUUAGAAAUUGGACAAACUGUAACCGUUUCGAAAACAUAGCGAGAGAUAGACUGAGUCAGAUUAGAGGAAGCGAAAGGUUGUUAAAAGACUUGAUAGGAAGCAAUCCUAGUCACCGUAGGAGACGUCGAGGAGUUUUUAACUUUAUUGGCGAAAUUAGUAAGGUUCUGUUUGGCACAAUGGAUUCGGACGACGCUGAGUACUAUAAUGAACAAAUCAAACGAUUCGAGGAAAACUCGGAGGAUGUAACAGACUUAAUGAAGCAACAAUUAUCGAUUGUCAAGGCUUCGUUGGGAACUUUUAAUGAAACAAUAUCCGAUAUGGAAUAUAAUAAUAACCUUAUCAAAAGAGGAUUGACCGAAUUAAAAACUUAUAUGGAGAAAUUUAUAGGAGAAACCGAAGCUAGACUGGACCUAAUAUCGAUUAAGAUUAAUAUAGAAAGUCACAUUGCUCAAGUUAACAAUGCCUUGAAUGCUAUGCAAAGAAAUCUUGAUUUACUAAUAGAAAGUAUAUUGAAUGCACAGAAAGGAGUGUUGCAACCACAAAUUGUUUCCCCUAGCUUAAUUCUUGAGAGUUUGAAGAAGAGCAUUCCGUAUUUUCCCGAAGGUACACUGACACCAUUUUCCUUAAGCAAAGACUCGAUCAGUAUGAUUUAUAAAUUAUCUGAUGUACAUGUAUACAUAAAUAAGGAUAUAUUAGGGUAUGUAAUAACCCUACCGCUGGUGAAUAAGAGUGUUUUUAAGGCAUUAAAACUAAUACCUCUUCCCAUAGCCAAGGACAAAUUCAAGUUUGUGUACAUUGAGACAGAGAAUUCAAUAUUGUAUGUGGACGAAACUAGACAAUAUUAUUUCACCACCAGCAGAGAGGAACUGGACAAAUGUAAGUUAAUGAAAGCAAGUUCAUUUGUAUGUAAACAGAGUCAACCCCUACUAAAUAGUCACCUGAGAGAAUCUUGUGUAGUAAAAUUGUUACAGCCCAGGAGAACUAUACCUCAGAGUUGUGAUACCCGAUUAGUGUCUAUCACGCACCCGGUGUGGACACAACUGGAGAGGCGAAAUGAGUGGAUAUACUUUAUCCCAUCUAGCGAUAGUGUGACGAUUGUGUGUCCCAACAAGGAACCAGUGGAAGUGUUGCUCACUCACACUGGGAAGCUAGAAAUUCAAGCAGGGUGUAAAGGUUACACAAAAACAGCAUUAUUAUCAACAGUAAAGGAAAUUAAGGUGAACGAUUCCAGAAAGGGAGGAGACCUACUAUCAAAGGUAGACGCCGAAUUUGAAUGCUGUGAACAAUUAGGCUCUCACCUCAACCUGAGCCAUAUAGAUUUAGAUAUGAAAUUCAAACAUAUAGUUAAUCAUGUAGAGGACUUAAAAUUCGCUAGUUUUAAGAUUUCUGAACUGGAAAAGUUAGCCAGAGAGCAUGAAUGGAAGAGCAGGUAUGCUCAGUACCAUAACACGUAUUCAGUGUUAGCAUAUAUUUUUGCUAGUGUAUUGAUGAUAUAUGUACUGUAUAAGCUAGUGAGGUGUGUAUUACCUCGUUUUAAAGCAAACACUGCCCUAAGAGCGAUCGCUGCCUCCACCACAGAACGUUUGGGUCUCACCACAGAGUCAAACGGAAGGGGCAACAUAGUAAACAUUAAUAUUAAAACCAGCAGCGAAAGCAUUGCAAGUAACCCAGAAGAUAUCCCACUUCGAACUCUACCGGAGGUUACCAACCUCAGAGAAACCGGAGAAGUUCGCAGAUCAACAAGAAGUAGAUCUGCAAAAUCACAUUUCUAAAUCCAAUUAAAGUGUAAAUUGUGCAGUCACAUUUCUAAAUUCAAUUAAAAUGUAAAUUGAAUUUUUUCCUGAGGGGGAGGUGUUGUAUAUGGGUCUACAAGUGAUGUAUUGCAUAUAAUGAUGAUAUAAAAUUACCUGUAGAAAUAGGUACAAAUACCAAGGUAUUGCAUAUAAUUGGAUUAUUUUAACAGAAUAUAUGUAUAAGCUGUGUAAGCUGUAUUCUUCCACAAAGUGUUGUCAGCCGGCCGGAUAUCAAUUGAACUUGUGACCCGAGACACUACGUCACAUUUGGAGUGAGGGCCCGCACAGCGCUGGGAAUAAUACAGCAGCCGAGAUUGAAGUUCAAGUGACUACUUUUGUAACCAUAUUUGGGCAUAAUCCGGGACUCAGUCUUUAAUUGUAGUAUAAAACCCCAAGGACUGACGCCCCAAGUGCUUUUAGAUCAUUCAACUAGCUGAGACUACUUGUAUGUCAGUCUAAUAGUCGGUAC